AUGCAGGACAUUGCAGCUAUUUACAACGUUCCUUUGGAAAACAUCAGAACCAACGUAGAAGAGCUGAAGGACGCUGGAUUCGGGACGCAUCCCAGAUAUGAGUGUUUUGUGGCUGAAGUUCCUCCUGAGCAAAAAAGCAAGGAAGGCUACACGCUCAUUGGGUACACCCUGUCCACGUACACGUAUAACAGCUGGAGAGGGAAAAAUCUCUACAUGGACAAUUUGUACGUCAUGCCAGAAUUUAGAGGAAAACUUAUUGGAAAGACACUAAUGGAACGAGCAGCAGAGGCUGCUUGGCGCCGAGGGUGCACCCAUCUCCGAAUGCACGCCUCCUCCCAGAAGCCGGAGAACAUAGAAUUCCUUGCGCGGCGUGGUGGGCACGACCUCACCCUCAAGGAAGGCUGGAACCUCUUAAGGUUUAAGACCGACAGACUUUGGGAAAUGGCAGCUCAGAGUAAAUUCUAGCAGCAGACGGGCCGUUCCGGGGCGGGAUUUGGGGACAGA